GCGCCCAUAGUAAAUACUCGUGGUGAGCAACUUAACCUCAAAUUCUUUUAUUUUAGUACGAAAAUCGUAGAAAUUUUUAUAAGUUUAUUAAUUAUUACUUAUAAAAUUAUUAUAAUUUUAACACAAAAAGACGCUUAGUGAGAACAUUCUCCAAGUACAUUUGCAUCACUGAUAAAUAAUAAUAAUGACAAUGAAAAUAUCUUUUAGAAACGAUUAAAAACAAUUCUAUGUUAAUUUCCUCAAGUUAGUACCUAUUUUACUAUUAUCAAUUUUUAUUACUUAUAUUGUUAAUUCAGAUUGAAAAAUGCUGCGAAAUAUAGUGCAAUUUUCGACGAAAUUAAAAGGACUUAGUGUUGUGAAAGUGACAUGUACAAAUUUACAUAUUCACGUUGAAAACUAUUCAAAAUUCACCGGUCGUAAACAUGCGGCAAUUGUUAACGAAGAUGAACUUUUCGAUGAGCCCGAAGCCUCAUAUCCGAUGGAUAGAUAUUCAGAUUCUGAAUUGUCAUUAAGACGACGAAAUAGAAAGCCAACUAGAAGGCAAAGAUCCGCUUUACGUCAAUUAGACGUAGAAGAAGACGCAGUUAUUGGAAAUUCGAAAAACACCCAGCGUACAGCAAAAGUUGACGAUGGACCAGAAAAAAAGAAAACUGUCUUUACCAAAUUAUAUGAUAAUGAAAAAAUAUUAUCACCAUUGAUGAUGCAGAUCAAAUCUAAAAAACAGAGAAAGAAGUUAAAUAAAAUUCUAUUGGAAGGAAAACGAUUAAUUACAGAUGCACUUCAAGCUGGAUUAGUACCAGAGAAAAUUAUUUUCAGCCGAAAUCCAGAUUUGGAAAAGUUGCCUUUGAAUAGAAGCCAAACAGAAAUAUAUAAAGUACCAUAUCGAACUAUUCAAUUGUGGUCUAGUCUUUCAACACCUUCGGGAUUAAUGGGUGUUUUUGAAACUCCUGAUGUGGAAAAAUUCCAAGUUAACGAUUCGCUGCCAAUUACAAUCGUCUGCGACAAUAUCAGAGAUCCUGGAAAUAUGGGAUCAAUUUUAAGAGCAGCAGCUGGUGUUGGAUGCGAUAAAGUUAUUUUAACUAAAGGUUGCGUCGAUAUAUGGGAAUCGAAGGUCCUGAGAAGCGCAGCGGGGACACAUUUUCGUCUACCAAUUUACAAUGACAAAAAUUGGCACGACAUACGAUUAAUGUUAAGUCCAGGAGCAAAAUAUAUCGUCGCUGACAAUCAAGUUGACAGUGAACUAUUAUCUAAUGAUAAUAAUAAUGAAUCGGAAAAUAUUAAAGAAUCACAAAAUUUCGACACUGAAAGUAUUGCUAAAGAAAAUGCAGAUAAAAUAAUUGAGGACGAAGAGAAUGAUGAUGAUGAUGAUGUUAAUACGAAAACGGAUGAACUUACGAGGGAAGCUAUGAGUAAAGAAUUAUCUAUUGUGCCGUAUUAUUCCCUCGAUUACACACAGGACGAAACUGUCAUAAUCGUCGGUGGAGAAACGGAAGGUUUAAGUUAUUCUUCACUUAAAAUAGCUAGUGACAAUGGAGGAUGUCGCGUCAAUGUACCAUUGAAUAAUGGCGUCGAAAGUUUAAACAGUGGAAUGGCACUAGGUAUUAUUGCAUUUGAAAUUAAAAGACAAUUUUUAAUGGCAGUGAAUAAGUAAAUUUGUAAAUGAAAAUAUAUAUGAACGAAAACGUGCAGUUACACGUUUUUUUUAUCACCAGAGUUGUUAGGUUAAAUACUAAUUUAGCAUUAAACUUUAGAAGAAUAGCUUUUUAGAUUUUGUACAUUAUUCUCAAAAGAAUUUUCUCUAAUAAAAAUGUUAUAAACAAAA